AUGGGGACCAAGGCGGGCUGCGGGGUGACAUCUCGGCCGCUGCUGCUGCUUCUGCUGCUCCUGCAGCCGCCGUUGCGCCCCGCCGAGCUGGAGCCAGAACUGCUGCCCGGGAACUUUUCCUCCGAUGAGGCCGGAGCGUGGCAGUUCGCGAUCAGCUACAACUCGAGCGCCGAGAAGAUGUUCUACCGCGGCAUGGUGGCCAGCUGGGCGUACGACACCAACAUCACGGCGGAGAACGCGCAGGUCCAGGAACAAACAGCCCUGCUCAGCCAAGAGUUCACUGAGGUUUGGGGCCUGAAGGCCAAGAAGCUGUUUGACCCGCACUGGCAGAACUUUACAAACAGCACACUGAAAAGGGUCAUUGAGAGUGUGCGCAUCCUGGGACCCGCCAACCUGGACCUGACCAAGCGGCAGGAGUACAACUCUCUGCUCAGCAACAUGAGCCGAAUCUACUCCACAGCCAAGGUCUGCUUCCCCAACAACACAGGACCCUGCUGGUCUCUGGACCCAGAGCUCACCACCAUCAUGGCCACCUCCAAAAGUUACACACAGCUUCUCUAUGCCUGGGAGGGCUGGCACGACGCCUCAGGUAUCCCGAUGAGGCCCCUGUACCAGAAUUUCACAGCCCUCAGCAAUGAGGCCUACAGGCAGGAUGGCUUUGAGGACACUGGAGCCUACUGGCGCUCCUGGUACGAGUCCCCCAGCUUUGUGGAGGACCUGGAGAAGAUCUACCAGCAGCUGGAGCCCCUCUACCUGAACCUCCAUGCCUAUGUGCGCCGCGCACUGUACCGCCACUAUGGAGAGAGAUAUGUCAACCUCAGGGGGCCCAUCCCUGCUCACCUUCUGGGUAACAUGUGGGCACAGAGCUGGGAGAGUAUCUACGACAUGGUGGUGCCUUUCCCCAACAAGCCUAACCUUGAUGUCACGGACACCAUGGUGCAGAAGGGCUGGAAUGCCACGUACAUGUUCCAGGAGGCUGAGAGGUUCUUCACCUCGUUGGGACUCUUGCCCAUGCCCCCCGAGUUCUGGGCAGAGUCAAUGCUGGAGAAGCCCACAGAUGGGCGGGAGGUGGUGUGCCACGCGUCCGCCUGGGACUUCUUCAACAGGAAGGACUUCAGGAUCAAGCAGUGUACACGGGUCACGAUGGACCAGCUGUCUACGGUGCACCACGAAAUGGGCCAUAUCCAGUACUACCUGCAGUACAAGGACCAGCCCGUCUCCCUGCGAGAAGGCGCCAACCCUGGCUUCCAUGAGGCUAUCGGGGAUGUGAUGGCCCUGUCUGUCUCCACACCUGCCCACCUGCACAAAAUCGGCCUGCUGGAUCAGGUCACCAAUGACACUGAAAGUGACAUCAAUUUCCUGUUGAAGAUGGCCCUGGAAAAAAUUGCCUUCCUGCCCUUUGGCUACUUGGUGGACCAGUGGCGUUGGGGGGUUUUUAAGGGGAGUAUCCCCCCUUCCCGGUACAACUUUGACUGGUGGUAUCUUCGAACCAAGUAUCAGGGGAUCUGUCCCCCGGUUGCCCGAAAUGAAAGCCACUUUGAUGCCGGAGCUAAGUUCCAUGUCCCCAAUAUGACACCGUACAUCAGGUAUUUUGUGAGCUUCAUCCUGCAAUUCCAGUUCCAUGAAGCCCUGUGCAAGGAAGCCAGUCACACGGGUCCCCUGCACCAGUGUGACAUCUACAAGUCCACCAAAGCUGGAGAUAAGCUCCGAGAGGUGCUGAAAUCUGGCUCCUCGCGGCCCUGGACGGAGUUGCUGAGGGAUGAAAUUGGAGUAGACAAACUCGACGCUCAGCCACUGCUCAACUACUUCCAGCCUGUCAUCCAGUGGCUCAAGGAGCAGAACGAGAAGAACAACGAGGUCCUGGGCUGGCCGGAGUAUCAGUGGCGUCCCCCACUGCCCCCCAAUUACCCUGAGGGCUUUGACCUGGUGACUGAUGAGAAGAAGGCCAGCCAGUUCUUGGAGGAGUAUGAGCAGAAAUCCCAGGUGGUGUGGAAUGAGUACACAGAGGCCAGCUGGAAUUACAACACCAACAUCAGCAAAGAGAACAGCAAGAUCCUGAUGGAGAAGAAUGCCCAGAUGGCCAACCACAGUGUCAAGUAUGGCCUCUGGGCCCGCCAGUUUGACGUGACCAACUUCCAGAACGCCAGCAUGAAGCGGAUGAUCAAUAAGAUCCAGGACAUAGACCGGGCAGCACUGUCCCCCUCGGAGCUGAUGGAGUACACCCAGAUCCUGAUGGACAUGGAGACCAACUACAGUGUGGCCUCCGUGUGCCACUCCAAUGGCACCUGCCUAUCCCUGGAGCCUGAUCUCACAUCUCUGAUGGCCACAUCUCGGGACUAUGAUCAGCUGCUGUGGGCAUGGAAGGGCUGGCGGGCCACAGUGGGAAAGGCCAUCCGUCCCUCUUUCCCCAAGUAUGUGGAAUUCAGCAACAAGGCUGCCCAGCUCAAUGGCUACAAAGAUGCAGGAGAUGGCUGGCGCUCUGUGUAUGAGACACCAGACCUAGAGCAGAUCCUGGAGCAGCUGCUGGAGGAGCUGCAACCCCUCUACCUGAACCUGCAUGCCUAUGUGCGCCGCUCCCUACACCAACAUUAUGGGCCCCAGCACAUCAACCUGGAAGGCCCCAUCCCUGCCCACCUGCUGGGCAACAUGUGGGCACAGACCUGGUCCAACAUCUACGACCUGGUGAUCCCCUUUCCGUCCGCCUCCAAGUUGGAUGUCACAGAGAACAUGAUAAAACAGGGAUGGACCCCCAAAAGAAUGUUUGAGGAAGCUGACAAUUUCUUCACCUCCCUGGGCAUGCUGCCUGUGACACCCGAGUUCUGGGAGAAGUCCAUGCUGGAGAAGCCGACAGAUGGGCGGGAGGUGGUAUGCCAUGCCUCAGCCUGGGACUUCUAUAAUGGCAAGGACUUCAGGAUCAAGCAGUGCACCUCCGUGAACAUGGAGGAACUGCUGGUGGUGCACCACGAAAUGGGCCACAUCCAGUACUUCAUGCAGUACAAGGACCAGCCCAUGGCCUUCCGGGAGGGCGCCAACCCCGGCUUUCAUGAGGCCAUUGGGGACGUGCUGACCCUCUCAGUGUCCACUCCCAAGCACCUCCACAGCAUCAACUUGCUGAGCAGCGAAAGUGGUGGCUAUGAGGAAGACAUCAACUUCCUGAUGAAGAUGGCACUGGAUAAAGUGGCCUUCAUCCCCUUCAGCUACCUCAUCGAUCAGUGGCGCUGGAAAGUGUUUGAUGGCAGAAUCUCUGAGAAGCACUACAACCAGGAGUGGUGGAACCUCAGGCUGAAGUACCAAGGCCUCUGUCCCCCAGUAACCAGGUCUCAAGAGGACUUUGACCCAGGGGCCAAGUUCCACAUUCCUGCAAAUGUGCCUUAUAUCAGGUACUUCAUUGGUUUCUUCAUCCAGUUCCAGUUCCAUGAGGCGCUGUGCCAGGCAGCAGGUCACACAGGCCCCCUGCACAAAUGUGACAUCUACAAGUCCAAGGAGGCUGGGAAGCGCCUGGCGGAUGCGCUGAAACUGGGCUUCAGCAAGCCAUGGCCAGAAGCCAUGAAGCUGCUUACAGGUCAACCCAACAUGUCGGCCUCGGCCAUGCUGAACUACUUCAAGCCACUGCUGGACUGGCUGGUCACCGAGAACAGGCGGCAUGGGGAAAAGCUGGGCUGGCCACAGUACAACUGGUCUCCGGACUCUGCUCCAGUCGAGGAUGGCUCCCUGGACAACGGCCGUGUCAACUUCCUGGGCAUGAACCUGGAGGAGCAGCAGGCUCGCGUGGGCCAGUGGGUGCUGCUCUUCCUAGGGGUGGCCCUCCUGGUGGCCACCCUGGGCCUCGUUCAUCGCCUCUGCAUCAUUCGCAAGCACAACCAUCACCAGAUGCAUCACGAGCCCCAAUUUGGCUCUGAAGUGGAGCUGCGGCACUCCUGAGGGUCAGACAGGGGAGGCCAAGGACGGGGCUCUUGAAAUUCACCUCAACCUGCUCUUCCCUGCCUACAAAUCCUGCCCCCCUCUGCCCUCUACCCUUAGUGUUGUGUUGAGGGGCUACCCUCCACUUUAGGCCUGCCUGGCCAUGAGCCCAUGCUGCCACCAGCCUCUCUCUGAAUAUGAUUAAAGGCUCUGCCCUUCU